UUUAAAUCCAAAAGCUGUGUGGACGCGCGCUGAGCGGACAGGAAACACACACUUCCCGACACACUUGACACACACACUCUGUCUCAGCGGGUGAGUGAGGGAGAAGUGUCCGGUGCUGUGAGAUCGGUGUCCGGUGAAGUUGAAGUGGAGCCUCGCAGGACGCUCUCCAAAGUGCGCACGGUGCGUCAGCGGAGCCGCGGAGCGACGCAACCCGGAGCUGUGUGCCGGUUCUGGGGAUCUUUUUUUAAUUUUUGUGGGAAAACUAAAAAAGCAGGAAGAAGACGUGUUGAGUUUCUCUAUUAAUUCCCUCUUCCUGACUUUGUUCCCGCCGCUGCACCGAUGGAAUGGUUUUGUUUAAUCGGAUUAUCGCUCCUCUAAAGUCCGGCUCCCUCACAGAGGCGGUGACAGCCGCGGCUCCACCGGGGGUCUGUCGUCCCUCCGCAGCCGUCCACAGCGCUUCUUCUCCGGCCUCCUCCGAGCUGCAGCGGUCGUUCAUAUGAGCGCAGCGUUCAGUCCGUCCUUCAUGGUGAUGCAGCGGCCACUCGGAAGCACCACCGCCUUCAGCAUUGACUCUCUGAUCGGGGGGCCCCCGCAGCCCAGCCCGGGACACUUUGUCUACACUGGCUACCCGAUGUUCAUGCCCUACCGGUCGGUGGUGCUCCAGCCGCCGCCGCCGCCGCCCCCGGCCCUGCAGCAGGCUCUCCCCGCCGGCCACCACCCGCACCCGCAGAUCUCCAGCCUGCAGGGCGGCUUCUGCUCCAGCCUGGCGCAGGGCCUGACGCAGGGCAUGGCGCUCACCUCCACGCUCAUGGCGUCGCUGCCCGGCGGAUUCUCCCCGUCCCAGCAGCACCAGGAGGCGGCCCGGAAGUUCGGCUCGCAGGCGCUGCACGCGGUCUUCGACAAAGCUCAGGAGCUGCGUCUGGACGCGGAGGACGGGAAGAGCUUCCUGCAGGGCAAAGAGUCCGCGGGGCUGCAGGCUUUCCACGACACGGACACGUCGGUGCAAACGUCCACAGGCAGAGCACACAGUAAAGAAGACCCGAAGGAGGACGAGUGCGGCCGGAAGGAUGAGAGUUUCUCCAUGGACAGCGACCUGGACUACAGCUCCGACGACAACCUCACCUCCAUGUGCCACAAGGAGGACGGGGACGGCGGCGGAGGUCUGGACGACGGCCCGCACAUGCACGGCUCCACCGGCGGCGGCUCCGGGGCGGGCGGCGGCGCGGGGGGCGGCGGCGGCGGGAAGAACCGGCGGCGGCGGACGGCGUUCACCAGCGAGCAGCUGCUGGAGCUGGAGAAAGAGUUCCACUGCAAGAAGUACCUGUCGUUGACCGAGCGCUCCCAGAUCGCGCAUGCGCUGAAGCUGAGCGAGGUGCAGGUGAAGAUCUGGUUCCAGAACCGGCGCGCCAAGUGGAAACGGGUCAAAGCCGGAAACGUCAACAACAAAUCCGGGGAGCCGUCCCGGAACCCCAAAAUAGUGGUCCCCAUCCCGGUGCACGUGAGCCGCUUCGCAAUAAGGAGUCAGCACCAGCAGAUGGAGCAGGCCAGACCGUAGAAGAAGAGAGAGACUCGUAAUGAGCAGCGCAGUGACUGAUGGGUAAUUGUGAUCCACAGACGGUUGUUAUUCCCACUGAAGCUCCUCUAAAGAAACAUUUCACUCAAUAAUAAAGAUUAGAACAGGAAAGAGUUCAAACUGAAAUCACAUCUUCUGUAGGAAAUCAGAGUCUGAUCGAUUAUCAGUAAUUGAUCUUCGUGUUGUUGCUUUCUGGUUAAAACGAACAAAAAGGAUUUAAAAACGAACAAAGAGCUGCUUUAGAACUGUUCAGAACAGGGAGUUCGGGUUUUAUUAGGAGCAUUUCAUAAAACAAAUACAUGUGAAUUAAAGUUGGACGUUUUUGAAAAGUCA